AUAAAAAGAAUUACCCCAAAUCAUAACAAUAGAUUUCUGUGAAAGGAGGAGGAAUUUAUUAGAGUUAGUGAAGAUGAGCAGCGUUGUGGAAAACCCAGGACCGCAGAUUCCAGCGCAGGUUCAAAGGCAGCACCCUGGUCUAGAGCACCCAAUGCAACCCCGUCCCCAAUUCUUCUCUACAGCUUACAAGCCAGCAGAAUGUCUCUUAACAUUAGUGACAAUUGCAAGUAAACUGGACGGUCGGGUUGCUCUGAUAACUGGCGGGGACUCGGGAAUAGGGCGAUCUAUAGCCUGUCUCUACGCUCUGGAGGGUGCAGAUGUGGCCAUCGUUUAUAAGGGCCAGAUUGAAGAGGAAGAUAAAGAAGAGACCCUACAAGUUAUUCACAAGUUAACUAAUGGAAAAGCUAAAGUCAUUGCCUGCCCUGCCGACAUCGGCUUUGACGAUCAGUGCAAGUGUGUAGUGGAUUCUGUCGUCCGAAAAUUUGGCCGGAUAGAUAUUCUGGUGAACAACGCGGCAGAACAGUUUUACAAAGAGAGUAUUGUGGAGAUAACGCCUGAGCAGCUGGAGAGGACGUUCAGGAGUAAUAUAUUUUCUCAAUUUUUCCUUACUCGUCACUGUCUCAGACACAUGAAGAAAGGAAGCUGCAUCAUUAACACAACUUCCAUAGUGGCAUAUAGAGGGGAGGCAGGGCUAUUAGACUACUGCAGCACCAAAGGGGCCAUUGUGAGUUUCACAAGAGGGCUGGCUCUGCAACUUGUGAAGAGAGGGAUAAGAGUGAAUGGAGUGGCACCAGGCCCAAUUUGGACACCUCUGAUACCAGCAUCAUUUCCUGCAGACAAGGUAGAGAAGGGCAAAUGGGGUGAGAAUGUUCCCAUGAAGAGGCCAGGCCAGCCCUUUGAGGUGGCCACCUCUUAUGUCUUCCUGGCAUCACAAGAUGCAUCUUAUAUCACUGGUCAGGUCUUGCACCCCAAUGGUGGUGCCAUUGUCAAUGCUUGACCAAUUUGUAAUGUAAAUGUUUUAGGGUUUACCAAGAUUGCGCCUUUUACAGUGUCCUAGAUAAAUGUAUAAUGUAUAUAUUUUUGUCCUCCCCUGCGACCAGUAUUCUGUAAUUACGUAGUCCAUAUGAGCUGUCUUUAUUCAUGCAUGCAUACAGGGGGUUGAUGUCGAGGAUUCGAACCUCUGACCACUAUAGUGUUUCAGUAACUAUGUUUUGGGUUCAUUAUACAAGUGGGGUUGGUUUUUUCA